AUGGAGAAUAUUUCUGAAUCAACACGUAAAAAUUCUAAUGAUAGCAAUUUUCCUUCGCCUUCUAGCAAAGAACCAUAUAAUCCAAAAGCUUAUAAACCAUCUCAUUCCCUCGCACCUCAAGAUAAUCCUGGUGAAUCAACGAGUUCCAAAAUAAUAGGAUCUAAAAAUAAUGACUACAUAAGAACAUCGGAUUUGGAGAUUGGUGAAGGAGGAAAUAAAAAAGGAGGCUCCGUUGAAACAACGCCAUUACCAAUGUUCCCGCUGUUUGUGUUGACUUCAUCUUUUUUCUUUGCUCAAUUCUGUUGUGCAAUUUUCUGGGGUUACAUGUCUGAUAAAUUUGGUCGACGUCCAAUUUUGCUGCUCGGAUUGCUGGGUAACAUUAUAACUUGUGUAUCAUUUGGAACAAGUAAAACUUUAUGGUGGGCUAUAGGCUCCAGAAGUCUUAAUGGUGCUUUAAACGGAAAUGUUGGGGUGGCAAAAAGUAUGCUUGGUGAGAUAACAGAUUCUACAAAUAAAGCAAGUGCUUUUUCACUGUUUGGCUUAACUUGGGGUCUUGGCUGUAUAAGACCAACCAUUGGUGGUUAUUUGUCGCAUCCUGCUGAUCAUUUUCCAAGUAUUUUUGGCAAUGAGUUUUGGAGAUAUUAUCCAUAUUUGUUGCCGUGUCUUGUUGCAUCAUCAGUUUCAGUUACUGGACUUGUAGUUGGAUAUUUCAUGUUACUUGAAUCGCAUAUUCCUAAUCAGAAAUCUGAACACAAGCCUGAGAGUGAACCGUUACUUAAUAAGAAACAUAAUAAUCGUUCGGGUGAUGUUGAGUCUUCUUCGUCGUCAUAUGGCACUAUUAAUCCUCUCAGUGGUAAAAUAGACGGGCGACAGGAUCAUAAUGAAACAGACUGUGAUAAUCUUAUGAAUAAAUCUAUUGUAGGGAAAUGUAGUGGAGAAACGUGUAUCACUGACAAUAAUUCAACAUUAAGCAAGAAAAGUGACGAUAGUUCCAUAGUAACACCAACGGAUAAUCGGAAAUUUCGUCGUAUUUUACGCGACAUAUCUCCUGCUAUUCCACCUCUCAUCUCCUAUGGGAUGUUGGCUUUUUUGAUAAUCUUUGACGAAGUAUAUACGAUAUUCGCAGUAACUCAAGUUUCCGAUGGUGGUCUUGGCUAUCGAGCUCAGGAUCUUGCACUCAGUUUAGCAAUUAUGGGUUUCCUUACUUUAAUCUGUCAAUUUGUAAUUUACCCGCCACUCGUUAGAAGAGUUGAUCCCAUGCAAAUGUUUCAUAUCGCGUGGUUUCUUUGUAUUCCUGUUUACAUGACGUUUCCAUUAAUAAACACCCUAAAACGGUCACUCAAUUGUUAUUUCGAAUCUGAGAAAGGUGUUAUCGUGUGCCCUGAUCAGGGAGAUUUAACGAGUGAACGUAUAGUUUGGUGUGUAUUACUGGGAACAUUGGCUCUUCGUUUCCUUUCGAAUGUUAUCUUAUUUACAAGUAUUACGAUUGCGAUUUCAAAUACUGUUUCACGAGAAGUUCUUGGCACCGUAAAUGGAAUAGGACAAACAACAGCAUCCCUUGCUCGUGCUAUUGGACCCGCGUUAGGAGGAAUUCUUUGGGCUUGGUCUUUAAACAAUAAUCUCAAAUUCCCAUUUGAUCGACAUUUUGUCUUCAUUGUGAUGAGUAUAAUAGCGUUUAUUGGAUGGCUACAGAGUUAUAAGAUAGCACGCGGUGCCGAACGGUCGACGACUAGAUUGCAUAAAGGCAUUGCCCCUGUGUCGAAACUAGCGAAAAUGUCCGGACGGACCUGUGUUAUGAUUAACUACACCAGUGAUAAUAUAGCAGUAUCAUCAUCUCCGAUAGAAGUAAAUAACUAUCGUUUUUGCUCACCCGGGACAUCAACGAAAACCGCUUACAACCGCAUUCUAUCCUUGGUGUUUACAAAAUUCUAUGGCGGGGUGGAGCUUAUCGUUCAUUAUCGUUAUACCAUUUCGGGAAUAUUUUGGGGGAUGACUUUACGAGAGGUAAAAAGUUAUUCGCAGAAGGAGGUGAAAAAGAGUUAUUUGCAGAAGGAGGUGAAAAAAGGUGAAAAAGAGUUAUUCGCAGAAAGAGGUGAAAAAAGACACUAUCUCACGAUACGUGUGAAUAUUACCGAUCAUUUUAUCAUGACUACGUGA